AUGAAAGUCAGUGAUGGGAAGGUAUUUGCUUGCAUUUGUUUUGAAGAAAUAGCAAUAACCAAUGAGGCCAGGAGGUUAGAUACUCGACUUACGAAACAGAAGUUCCGAAUUUUAGUUCUAGUCCACGCUUUAAAAUAUGACUUAAAUGCCACCUGCUAGUCGCAUUUUCUUUACGCCUGCAAAGUUUCAUGUACAGUGAGCUUUCCUUGAGAAAGUGUUCCUAAUAUCGCGAAGAAGUUUGAAAAUUACGUAACCUCUGACGAUUAGAUUCCAGAGAAGUUGUACAAUUUUUUCUCGCCUCUAAUUUAGUUUUGAGAGAGCGCCAAACAAUAAAAGAAAAGCAGUUUUUUACAAGAAUUAAUAAUUCAAAAAUAGAGAAGCCUUUAAUGUGCUCUGUUCUGUUGUAAAGCACGCAGGAGGCGACUAGAAACAAAGAAAAAGAAAACAAGACGUUUUUUUAAGAAUUAAUUUGUUUUAUAUCAAAAAUCCGUUAAAUUCCUAGAGACAAACUUUAUUUUUAAAGCGAACAGCAGUGUCGUCAGCGUGUUCUACACUCUCAUAGGGCACGUUACAAUAAGCCAGUCACAAUCCUUGUAAAAUCGACAGACAGACAGGUCGAAUUAAACACUUGCUUGAAGUUGUUUAGCCUCUUAUACAGAAUUUAAAAUUGAAAUGUUCAGAAUAAUCCGGCCGCAUUGAAGCUCAUGAAAAAACGCGAGUUUUAUCACAUGAUAAUUAGAAAACAAACUGCUCAAGGCGUAUGUUUCAUGAAUGAACGACAACCCAAUUCACUCGGCUGCUGUGCCUGAUGUGGUCUUCCACUCAAAGCAUCGGAAAGGAUAUCAGAGCUCUUAGUUGUCGUAGUUGUUCACUCGAAGGGCGGCCGAUUAAAAAUUCUGAUGCUUGCUUCACUGUGAUGACCGGAUAUGUCAUGGUGCGCUGGCCGCGAUGGACUUCAGCAUGAUCGCAUUCACUCUGACACCGCUAUGAUUAGUAUGAAUUUUCAACAGUUAUGCCAGUUUGGCUAUACUUUUCAUCAUUCUUGUUUUUUUCUGUUUUGUUCUUGAACACAAACUAUAUAUAUCACACGAGUGUUAGCUAUGUUUGAUUUUUAUUACUGCAGGUAAGCUUGCAAUCCAGCUAAUUGUAAAAAACUUCAAAACUCGGACUGUCCAUUUCGUUUUCUGUUUGAGGAUUUUCGUCUCUGCUUACGUUGCUAACGCCAAUUACGGCGCUUGAAAUGUUUAAAAAACUUUGUUUGGUUUUUCUGUUGCUCUUGGCCGACCCGCUUAUUCCGAAAUUUCCCUUUCAAUAUAAGAAAAAAAGCCAGAGAGAAGUCCGGUCGGACAAGGUACAAUUUGGCAGUUGGCGUGACAGCUUUAGCUCUCUUGCUCUAUGUUCGUUUUUUCCGAACUUUAUUAUAAAUUCUCUCAGUGAUUGCAAUCUCCCUUACAGCCCUAAGAAAUAAAACAACAACAGCAACAACAAGAAAACGAAAACACCAACAAAAACAUGUCACUAGUGACACUAGUUUUGAGUUGUUGUACUAAAAUGGUGAUUAACAAAAACAUUUUCUCACCUCUUAGAAUCUUUCCUACUAUGACUCACCUCUCUGGACCACUCAAGCUCGAUAUGGAUCAGUAGAGGAGGUAGGUGACCUAAAACUUCCUGGAUAUUGGCUCAGAAAUUUCACCAGAAUAUGUGUCAUCAUGACCUUUGGGGCAAACGCCUCAACCAAAUAUACAACUAUGGUGGUAAACUACACUGCGCAGUCUCUUUACUCUGUAAUGAAUGAGAGUUUUACGCAGACAUGGCCAGUGAGUGCGUCCACCAUCACGACUCCACCAGGUAUCAACAAAAAUUGUUUGGUAAAGAGGCCUCAACAUGCAAAGGUCUUCCCCAUGGGUGAUCAAGACACGUAUUGGAAUUCAGUCCAUUAAGCGACCUUCUACGUGCCCAGAAUUGCCAUAUUUGGUGCGUGGUGUUGGUAUCGGCUUGAGUAAACGACCUAAAACGAGUUGUGGGGAUAUCAUCAUUAGACGUAACAAUAAUUCACCACCACGAUAUUCUACACAAAUUUUUCCAGCUAUUUGCAAAAUCUACAUUCAGUAACUGUAACAGCUAAAGGUAGAGCAAAAGGAUGAGCAGUAAAGUUUAGUAUGUAUUGCUGCAAUGUUAGAAAGUAUUGAUGGUUUUCUCAUACUAGGUAGCUGUAACAAUUGAGAGUUACCUAGGGUGUUUCAGGUACAUAAAGUUUGUGGAAAAAUUUUUUGAUGUCAAAACGAAUGUAACACGGUGAAAACAGCUGAUCAAAAGGUCACUUUUUGUUAGUUAAUUGUAAUAAAAUUAUAUGUUAAAUAUACGGGGCACAUGCACAUUUGAUGGUGCGCAAGAUGUGUUUACAUAUAUGUAUCAUUCUUGACAUUUAAAACCUCAUAGGGCUAGUCCGAGGUCCUCGUGUCGAGUUUCCCCGGUUGCCUAAUCAAAAAAAACUGGACAAGUCAUCAAUAAUUCUUCUAAUUUAGGAAAAAGGCGAAAGGCACCCUUUAUGUCUUUAAGCCAUCAAAUCGAGGAGUCAAAAAAGAGAAUCUCUACCUAUUCAGUUCCCUGUCGCUAUCGCUUAUGUUCACCAUUACCACGCAAACAAGAGCUGCAGUAAAAAAAGGAUUGUGGCACUGUAAAAGUAUGACAAAGCUAAUCAGCGUCACCAUCACUCCACUCAAUUGAGCCUGCUGUUUCCAUCUUCAAGAGCGUUUAUCUUCUUAUUUUACAUUUUCAUUUCUUCAACAUUCGAGAGAAGGCUCUUAUGGCCUUGAAGAGUUCCACGAUGAUUCUGAGCAGGCUUACGCCAGAUGAUGCAACAGAUAUACCUCCUGUAAAGAAGCGAUAAUUAAUUUUGAAAAGUAUUCCGCCAAACAGAGUAGCAUCUUUAGGGCUCUUAGCAAUUGAAUUUUCUUUUGUCGCGGAGGUAAGGAGUCUGACUGAGAGAAUUACAGAGAUUUGUGGGAGAAAUUCAGCUACUCUUUCUUCCUUUGUUUCUUUUUAUUGUCAUUCAUCAUUGUAAAACAUGAAAAAGUCAAGACUGUGCGACAGGGAAGUCUUCUCGUGACAUCCUGCAGAGCCAUGAUUAUGCAGUUGAAAGACGAGGAAAUAAUCAAUCAAAUGCAUCCCUCUUCAUGGUUUGAACUACUUCCGUCAAUAAAAUUCCAUUUUCACAGGUCUAUUUGGAUACAAAGAUCGACCAAUUAGCUUCACUAGAUUAACCGGUUCUAGUAUCCUUUGAGCAUGUGGCGCAUUAAUUAAAAAGAAAUCAUUUGUAUAUAUCCAUAAUAAAACGUGAAAUCGAAUUGAGUCGUGUCCUCUUAUCACAGGUCAAUCCGAGGUGGUGUAUACGAGGUAAAAACGGGUAAAAUUACGUGAAAUAUGAGCUGUAAGAUGAAAGGGGGACGCAGCAUGGGAACUGGUGAUGAAAAUCAAAAGCUUGUAGGUAUCUAUUUAUAAAAUUUUGAUGAAAUAGGUAUAAGCAAAAAGAUAGAGCAAUUAAAGUGCUACACUUGCGACCCGGUAGACCCGAAUUCGAAUUCUAGGCCACGCCUGUAAAGAGCCAAUUGAUUUGUCAGUUGAUUUUAUUAAACCUGGUUUCGUAUCACUGAUUCGAUCAGCUCUUCUAGCCUUGGUGCUGUAAAAUGCUACACAGGGUAUAGAAAUGCUGUGCUGAACUUUUCGUUUUUGAUCGUCAACCUUUUUCUGCACUCGCGACAAGAGAAUUAUUAUCUCCAUUAUCUCAAGCUUCCGGCGAAUUUAACAAAGAAAAGAAAGUUAGAGAAAUUUUACGCACGAUUCACACAACUGGAUCAGUCAAGCUUCUUAAAAAUCAUUGGCAGCAGGUGAAUUCAAACUGCCUGGAUAUUGGCUCAGAAACUUAACCAAAGAUAUAGGCCUCAAUUGACAACCCAACUGUAAUGGUGAGCCACGCUGCCCAGUCACUCUACUCCGUCAUGACUGGAGAAAUCAAUAAAACAUAGCCAAUUGAUUUGUCCAAAAUCAAUUCUCCUGUCAGUUUCAACAAGGACUGUUUGGUACAAGGCCUCAAUAUGCCUGGGUCAUUCCCGUGGGGAAUAAGGUCACGUAUUGCAUUACAGUCCCAGUUGUCUCUCGAGUGUCCCACUUUGUCCUAUAUGGUGUGCGGAGUUGGUAUUUGCCCCAAACUAUCAACAGAAAUUAGUUGUGGUGAAAUUAUUAUUAAUUUACAAAAUUUGACACAACCCAUUCCAUUUGCAGUUGUGUUUGCGUUUGUAUUUGCAUCACUUGUUUGAACCAGGCUUGAGAGGCUAUGUCCUUGUGAGUUACUAAAGACCCUUAUACUGACUAGCUCAUUCGAUAAAAAAAGUAAUUGCUUUUUGACACUUAACAACUUUCCUUGAUUACAAGUAAUGAGCUGUAAGUAAGUUUCUGAAAUUAAAGAAUAGUGUUGUAAAUAAACCUAAAUCAAUUAAAAAACUGUAUUGGAAAGCCAAACUACAGCUUUAUCAAGAAUAUUUUUCAGUAAAGCAAUCAAUAACAAAAACCUAUCGAAUAAAGAUCGAUUUGGCGAUGGGAGUUUUUGAAAGAAAAUUACAAAUGAAAGCUUGCCAUUUUAGGCUCAUCAGCAAUGGCAACAAACAGAGGAACGUUUUUCCUGCUACCUACAAGGAGAAACAGAAUUUCCGUGGCACCUAAUUUUCUUUAAGAAAAGCAAAUAAAAACUACUUAGGAAAUGGGUUCUAAUGUAAUUGUUUUAAUCCGGAUCUCGGGGUUACAGAUCGAUACCAUAUUAGGAGUAACAAAGCCUUUUAGUGUCGAUGCAUGAUCGCACAUGUUAAUUUUCACAAUUUUUAUAUGAGCCCUUUAAAGCCUCAAGUCAUUAAAAUGGCGAAAUUGGGGAAUGUCAAGUACCAUAAAAGUUUCGUCGAAGCUCUUAAGAGUAGCUGUUCCACAGAUAUUCCAUUCAUCACUGACGUCAACAUUUCAGAAUAUGAUACCUUUGGGCAAAAAUAGGAUCUAUCCAUUUGAAGUCUCCCGUUCUGUAGGUCAAAAAAUCACUUUCCAGCUUAAAAAGAUGAGAGCACGGUCGUUAUCAAUCCGAAUCCCUGUCAUUUUUAUGGCAAGCCUUUUCUCUGUUCAAAUGCACAUGUUUCGAUUUUCCUUAAUAUUUUCAAAAUUACGUUGCAGUCUGAUCUGUUUGCAGAGGAUUUCUUCCUCACAAAAAAUGUUCAUGAUUACAUAAGUUGUACUACGACCUGCAACGCGAAUAACCACUGUCAUUCUGUGCUGUUUGACAAAAUUCAAAGAAUACUGAAAGCCAAAAGAACCCUGUAACGUCAUGAUACAGAUGAAUCUGGUGAUACCGGAAAGAUAGUUUUGAAAAAGUAAGGCCAAAGUAUACAGGCUUGUGACGUUGACGACCCGUGAUCAUCUCCUAAAAUGGUCACAGUGAGUGUACAAUCUCAGUACAAGUAAAAUAUUUUUAAUAACAGUAUCUCAGUAAUAUACCAAGUAAGUACAGAAAAUGAUAUUUCAUAGGACCCGACUAAGUUGAAAGAAAGCUUCCAUAGGCAAGAGUCGUCAAGAUUUGUACAGUGAGGUCUACAAAGGCAAAUGAACAGAAAUUUAAGAAUUGCUGUACUCUGGAAAGAAGUCUGCCUUUCGCGGUCGUAACAAAACAAAACCAAAACACAAAACGUGCAUUAGAACGGGCGGUAACCGCUUCAACUAGCGAGGGGAAUCACCCAAACACUUCCGUUUUUCACAUGGGAUCAGUACAACAGUUAACGACCGAUUCCUACAUUCGUGUAAGUGGCCAAUUUGACGAACCAAGAGCACGAGUCAUCUAGUAAUUCAUCAGCUAACAAACCUAAGAACCCAUUCCUUCUCCAACGAAGUUGAGGUAGGAGGCGCAGAAGAAAUACAGAUCGAUUGAGAUUAUGGAGGAAGAGGAACCAUAGUCAAGUGCCUCACUUUUCAGCUCAUUUUCAGCAGUUUUAUAAUCUCUUCUCAGUGAGAUGUCCUCGGAACGGAAAAAUUGGCUGAAAAAGUUUGUAGUGCUCUAUAUAAGAAAGAUAUAUUCAGUUUCAUGCUCCAUGCAUAUUUGUCAGUUUUCCCCGCGUUUUAAGUUUGGAUUGUAUUCGAUUUCACUGUGGUUAGUAGUCGUAAUUUUACCAUGCACGUCUCUAUCUGUAUUGACUGAAAUUCACCGGAAAAUUGACGAAAUGGCUUCUACACAAGAAGCUGAAAAACGUUAUUUAAAAAAUAAAGCUGUGUUUAAUUUCGUUGUUUGUGGAAGCGAAGUCUUGCUCUUCUGCCUUACGCUUCGGUUGCCUUUCAUCGCUGGAUAGCGAUUUAUCUGUUGGAUAGCAUUAUCUGCCCUACGAACAACUGGGCCUUAAAACUUAUACCCAAUCAAAGUGAAAGAAGAGCUUCACGUCCAUGCGUUUGAAUUUAAUAAAGUGCAAAAUAACGUGAGAAAUCUCUUAAUGCGACCCUGGUGUAUAAUAACUUUAAAAAAUUUAAAUAUGUUCCCUUUAGGUUCUGGUAGCCCUUUAAUGAAUAAGGACAAAACAGUCUUCGAAGUUAUGCAAUCGGCAGCAACAUCCCAUCACAUCCCAUUAUAAGAUGCAGUUGUAUGAGAUGGGAAUUGCAAAAACAAUGAUAAAAAAGAGCUCAGCAAAGCUUGGCUGAUCAGAGUUGGAAAUCAAAGCCAGUUACCCUUCCCUAACCACAGAAAAGAUAUACAUAAUUUGUAUGGAAUCCAAGGUCAUCUGAGAUGUGCUUAUAAUACAUCAUUUGGGAAAAAGCCUUAAAUGUGCUUGUGAAAUGUAUAUUUCAGGCCGGGUGUUGUUUGAGAUUGAUACUUAUUAGUGUAAGUACAUUCUCCUGACUAUCGUGGUAAAGAUUGGCACUCAAAGAAGAAUAAAACCUUUCAACUCCUGUUAAGUGGUUCAUCACAAUGCCUUUUAGUGUUGCUUGAGAGGCUCUCAAGCGCAAUUGCAGUUUUUCAUAUCUUAUUGAACAGAUUUGUCAGCUUCAAUUCAUUAAAAUGGCAAACUUGGGGAUCAUCAAUUAAGAAAAAUAGGUAAUUCGACAGCCCUCAGGAAGAUCAUUGACGUUAGAAACACACAAGAUACUUUAAGUCACAGGUGCAGCAAUCCAAUCCAUUCAUACGAUAUUUCUCGUCUGCUCGAUCGAAGAAAAUUUUUCAAGUUUUAAAAAUAACAAAAAUGUUGAUCUCCAUCCGAUUCCGGUUCAUUUUUUGGGCGAGCCUUUAUUCUGUUCAAAUGCACAUGUUUCGAUCUUCUUAUUUCAAAAUUUCAUCACAGUCUGAUAUGAAAACAAAAGAAGAUAUCUUUUUCACAAAAACCGUGCAAGAUGAGACAAGUUGCGCUUCGACAUGCAAUGCUAAUACCCAUUGUCAUUCUGCGCUGUUUGACAGGAUUUCAAAGAAGUGUUCUCUACUGAGAGCAAAAGAGAACUUUCAGAGUCAGGACACCGUUGAGCCAAGAGAGAAAAUACUUCUGGAAAAGGUGAGCUGAAAGUUUGCAUUAUUUUCGUGUAAUCACCUGCAAAUUCUAACAUCGUUUACACCCAGCUGAAUGAGAUGAAAUCGCAGAUCGCCACCAUUUCGGAACAAGUUACAGCUUUAAGGCACUACAUACAUUUUCUACAUAAAAAAACAACGUAUCUGCAUGGAAAUAGAGGAAAAUCAAGAUAAAAUACUGUAACUUGAGUAGAAUCGCAUUAGAUAAUAAAAACGUAUGUUGUGAAGAUUCUGCCUUCACGUUUGUAAUUGAAAUUAUGGUAUAAGGCAGUUUGGCAAUCAUUUUUCUUUCUCUGUCUCUCGCUCAUGGUUUAAAGGCAAAAAAAUAAAAACUGUGGCGCGGCUGUAAGUGUAACUGGCUUGGGCGACAGCUGCCACAAGCAUUGAGGUCAUGGAAAAUGAACAGCUUCAUUUCAUCAAAAGCAAACAGAUUAAAUUUGAAAAACAAUAUCAUCCAAUUUUUCUCAGGAAAAAAAAUAAUAACCCGGCUCCUGUAUUCAUGUAGGUGGCCAUUGUUGCGAACAACAAGCAUGAGUCAUCCGAUAAUUCUGCCGCUAACGAGAGUAAUGGGAACACAACUGCUGUUAGAGGUAAGAGGGGACAUAAGACGACAACCGGUAACUAGGUCAAUAAAGGGGGUACUUUUUUAAAGAAACUGUGGUGCUGCGUCGGAGGAGGAGUAUAGCAGAUAACUUGACUUCAUGAUGCAAAUUGGCCACCGUAAAGAGUUUCAAAGCUGACGUUUUUAGCGUAAGUCCUUCGUCAGAGUGAUUCGCUCUAUGCAAUUCCUCCAUUAGUUCUAACGAAGGGCUAAUGCCCGAAACGUCAGCUUUGCAACUCUUUACGGUGGCCAAUUUACAUUAUCAACUCAGUUGAUAGAAGAACCAAAUUACCUAAGGGAAAUAACAGUCCUAAUUAAUCAGAAACCUUCUUUUCAGCCUCUCCUCAGGUCAGGUUUAAGGAAGUGGUUGAAGGAAAAAAAUACAGAACAGUAUCGAUCAAGGAGAGGGUGUACAGUCAAGUGCCUCGCUUUCCAGAUUAUUUUUGGCGGUCUGAUGAUUAUAUAAAAAUAAGAGACAUAAGAAAGACAUAAUUGACACUUGAUUAACCUUGUCGCCUCAUUUCAUUCUCUGUUAUCCUCUCCCUUCGUCAAGAACAAAUUCAAUUUCAUCAGUAGAUGAAAUCAAUAUUCGACAAUUUUUACUGCGAAACAUAUCACUAACCUUCUAUUUUCUUUGCUUGCAUAAUAGGUCAAAACGUCAAUGCCUGGACGUCUUGUCAUGAAAUCCUGCAAAGAAAUAGGUAUACAUUAAAAAAAAAAAAAUAGUCAAAACAUUCAUAUAAGCAUCUUAGUGAAAAAUAAGAAAGGCCCCGCAAGUGUCCCUGUAAUGAUCUCCGUUACCAAAACAAUGAGAGCCUCUCCCCUUCCACCCACCCCCUCCCCACCCUUUCGAUUUACCUGCUGAGGAAGGGAAGGGGGGGGGGUUAUGUUACACUUCUUAGAAACCUUUGUGAACUCUCUCCCUGAUCAUUUAGUCAUUUCGAGUCCAGGUCCAUGGAUCAAGCAAAGUUCUAAACGGGUUUCAUUUAGAAUUUAUUUUCAACUGAAAAAAAUUACAACGUAUAACAAAUGCAUUUCCUAUCAUUACAGCUCGAGCCCAAGUGAGCGUUACAACAUAACACUCGGUAAUAUCACGUGGGAGACAAGGUGUUCUAUGAGAGGCAUUCCCGGAUGCGGAAAUGGAACCUGGGAACUACUUAUGAGAAUCAAAGGUCCAAGGGUAGUUAAGUCAUGGAUUAAUCACUUUGAAGAAAUGUUAGUGUUUGUAUUGAAUCAUUGUUACAAUGAGUGUUUUGUGUUCUUACGGAAAAAUUUCGUACCCGUUAUAGAGUACUUUCAGAUAUAAUUCCUCUCACUGGACCAGCCAAGCUUCCUAUGGGUCAAUAGAAAACGGAUACGAACUCAAAACUCCCGGAUAUUGGCUCAGAAAUUUCACCAAGAUAUGUGUCACCUUUGGGGCAGAGCCUGACAAAACUAUUCUGGUGAACUACACUGCGGAGUCGCUUUACUCCGCUCUGCACCAGGGGAUUAAGAUGACUUGGUCAACAGGUUCUUCUCACAUCGCGACUCCAUCCGGUAUCGACAAAAGUUGCCUGGUUCCUGGUCUCAACAUGCAAGGCCCACCGUCAUGGGAGAUCAUGUCAAGAGUUGGAUUGGAGUCCAUAUCGUCUCCAAACUGCUCCUUGCCAUAUUUAGUGCGUGGUGUUGGUUUUCACUCUGAAAUCAGUUGUGGUGAUAUGAUCAUAAGCAAAAACAAUAAUCCACCCCCCCAGUAUUCGCUACAAACGUCUCCUUCUCUUUGUAGAAUCUACAUUCAGUAAAUGUAACAUCUCAAGCAAUAAGAGCUACAGAAAGCAGUGCUGUAAAGUUACAUUCAAUCGUAGUCUAAGAUCGAAUGUGGUAUGUAUUAAAGACAUCCAACAGCACGUUGUGAUACUGUGAUCUAAAUAGUCAAUUAAGAAUUUGUUAUGAGAAAUGGUUAAAAGAAAAUCUAGGAGAACAGUGACAUGGUUUCUUUAGUAAAUCUCACAGCGAGUUCUUUUUGUUAAACAGUUUUCUUUGUGACGCACUAAUUCAGUUCCUUUCCCUGCUCGAGAGGAGUGCGAAAUGUGCACGUGAUAUUUCAUCCCAUAACGUCACUCAGAGGAGAUUUACACAUCAUGAGCAAAUUAAGUUGUAUGGCUAAAAAUCGUGCACAUCUAGCUCUGCCACAUGCUUUGUGCGUCUCUUGUAUUUCCUGAUGUUAUAGAGACGGUACUAGGAAAAGUUAAUUCAAUACGAUUUAAGAUGGACCUUUCAUCUUUGUCUUCUCAUAAAUAUAGCCCGGUGUUAAGCUUACACCUGUUUGGUUAUCUAGAUUUUCAUAUGCCAGUCCUUGCCAAUUAUAAUUGAGCUCAAUAAGUGGGUCUACUUUAAUUUAAAAUUUCAACGCUAAACUUUGUGCUCUGAAAACGUUGAAAAAAACUUAGCUAUAUGGAGUCAUACAAAUUUCGUCUCCCUUGUGGUAGGAUAUGGGUUUGCAUUCAGUUCUGAAGUAGAAAAAUGUCAAGAAAAAAAACCAAAUUGAGUUCGCACAGAAAACCCGAGUACAACCCACAAAUUAAAUUCAGAGCCCAAAUGCAUAGUACAGAGUCCUUAACAGGCUACUCCUUUCCGGGAUCGAUUUGUUUCACCAAAUCAGGCAGAGUCUCUUUCUCUAUCAGGCACGCCAAAGCCAGCUGGUUUUUACGCAACGGCGGAAAUAUGCGUCUAUAGAAUAUUUCUAUAAACAAUUUUGGGCACUAGAAUACAAGAAAUGGUUUCAGUGACUGCUAUUCUGGAGUUGAUUCAUGACUCUGGAGAUCUAAGUGAGGUUUAAGAACAUCGCAACGACCUCGUGUUUGAAGUUUGUGAAAAGCAUCAUUGUAAAUGUUACACUUUAUUAUUUCAAACAGUUCUGCGAUUAUUAAAAUGUAAAUUCUUGCUAAACACGUGCUAAUGUAACCGCCUUGACAGCCCUUUUGUGAUUCUUAAACGAUACCUGAGGAGAAGCGAGCUGACACGCAACCUCUCCCCUCCUCUGACCUAUGUUCAAGGAUUACUUUAAAACUUGGAUCACCAUGUUUCCGUUCAUCCGAAUCCAUAUUGUUAUCUUUGCAAGCCUUCAUUUUGUACAUACGCACACGUCUCGAUCGUCUUUUUUCAAAAUUUCACUUCAAAAAGAUUUACACAUCGGGAAAGAUGUCUUCAUCACAAAAAGCGUUCGCGAUGGGUUUCAUUGCGCCCUCACCUGUAACACCAAUACAGAGUGUCAUUUUGCGGUGUUUGACAAAGAUUUGAAGAAGUGUUCUUUACUGAAAGAGAACGCAAAACUGAACCACCAAAUCACUCAUGGGUCCGAGACCGAAAGCGAGAGAAAACUAUUUCUAGAAAAGGUACGUUUUUUGUAGCUUAAUCUAUCAUGCACGAAACGUUGUCAUUAUUUCUGCAAAAAGUAAUCUUCGUUCAAAAUGGAAAGUUUUUGUUCACAAGUAAACGUCUUGAUGAAAACUUAUUGGCAAUAUACCUAAGCAAAUAAACUUUAACGAAAAUUGUCGAGGAAAACAAACUAAAGAAGGAUUCAUCUCAAAUCCUAUACAAUUUUCCAUGACAAGUGUCCUCCCCAAGUGCCCCAAUUCAGGUUUCAGCGUUGACAAUUUUGCUUCGACAAGUCCUGCGAUCCGCUAUUAGACAAAGGUAACGAAUAUAGAUUUUUCUGCACUCACCAACUAGUGGUUCACAAGGACAAAUAGACCGCCAUGACGAAUCAAAAAGAAAACAGAGGUUUCGAGCUCAAGUUUAGAGUUUCGACAUCGGGCUCAUAGCCUCAGCUUUUCAAAAUUUGUAACGGUGGUCUAUCUACUAUUUUUUAAUUUCUGACUGAUAGUAAACAAAGAAUUAUUGAAGGAAAUUCGUUAAUGUACACGCAGCUGUCACUCAGUUUAGCUAGCUUAACCCUUUAACUCCCAUGAGUGACCAAGACAGAAUUUCUCUUUACAAUAUCAGUAGAGUAUCAAGCAGACAACUGAGUAACAAGAGCGAGGAAAAAAUAUCAAUCACGGGAUUAUUAGUUAAUCCAAUACCAAAUGCUCCGAACUAACAUCACAAGAAUUAUAUGGCAGACAAUUACGAGAAUUACCCAUGAGGUCUUGGGGGAUUCAAGGGUUAAAGGGUGCAGAAUCAGAGUUUUAAUCAGGAAAAAAUAGGAUGAGGAAAGCAGCUCGUAGAUUCCAUAACCCAUUCCAUUAGGAAGCGCACAUGGUAAAUGGUUGAAAUUGUAAUAUGAUUUUUGCAACAAAUGGAAAAAAAGUGGUAUGGUUUUCUUUGGGAUAGGUGGCCACGUCGUCAAAAAGCAAGUCUGGUUUACACACUGAGUCAAACGGUGACGAGGGAAAGGACAAAACAGGUAUUUGACAACGGCAACGAACAUUUUGACAGCUAAAUGCGCCUGGUUUUUUGAAGAAAAAAUUGACGGCAUCGAUCUUUGUAAGACAAACGGAAAAAUGUAUCCGUUUCAAUCUAGACUCAUUUUUCACAUCCGAUUCCCAUUAUCCACUUAGAUCAGAAGAGCAGCCGAAAGUUACUUAACUAUUUAUCAAGGCGGUCUGACAAAAUUGAAAAGCAUGUAUUUUUAAAAGUCAAAUUGUCACCAUCUUUAAAGUAAAGAUUCCUUCACUGAACUGAGACGUUUUAUACCAAUCAUACAUUCAGUUACUUACCCACGUUUUAAUUGCAAAAGGUCAAAUGAACACCACACCAACUUCCUGCGCUGACAUCCUAAAAAGAAACAGGUAUUUGUUACUUGCAACAGCAUCUAAUAAAUAAAUGCCUCUGAAACUUAUCUUUUGAAAGAAAGGAACAGCCCCAUUCUUAUUAUAGCGGACGCAAUAGACAUUAACACUAUUAUCAUCAGAGAUCGGACAUGACUCACUUCCAAUUAUGAAAACGAUGCUUCAAUUUCGCUUUUGUUGUUUCCGUCGUAUAUCGGCCUAUCAAUAUCCAGAUAAUGGGAAGGAAAAUAGACUCUAUCUACUUUCGUUAAAUUUGGUGUAUUAGGUCUUUAUAUACAUUAACAUAACGCAUGUGGCCUCGAUCCUCACACGUGCAAUGGUAACUGCUUCCUUUCUUGACUGUUUGCCUAAUGGAUCGUGAAUUAAAAAAUCUAUGUAAAUUCGACGAGGGUUCGUUUUCGUUACAUUCCCCUAAGAAUAAUCACGAUCUAUCACGGUUUUGUUUUUCUUUUUACGAUCUAUUUUACGGUUUUUGUGGAAUAAUAAUGAAACUCUCUGAAGUCGAAUCUGUAGCGAAAUAUGAUCUCAAUGUCAUUUCCUGUCACCACAGCUCAAGCCACGGGGGCCUUUACAACAUGACAAUUGGUAACAUCACGUGGAAGACAAGGUGUAGGAUGAAAAGCAUUCCUGGAUGUGGAAGGGGACCAUGGGAAUUAAUAAUGAGAAUCAAAGGCAGAAAGGUAUGCCGGAUUUUUUUACCAAGGUUGGUGAAAUAGUUGAUUAAGUUAUCCUUCAGUGUUUCUCAAAUCCAAAUGAGGCCUUAACUGCGGAAUCUGUUCAGGAUUACACAAGAAAUGGAUCGCCGGUUAACAGAAGUACCAAAAAGUUGCCGCAACUUAGAGAAACCCGGAAUUAAAUCUAAGAGAUUCACUUUGGUGGAGCAGUUUUUCCUCGGAUAUUUUGGCUAAUUAUUUGUGUUUUCAUGGCAGAAUUUUGGUACGAAAAGUGCAAUUUUUCGACCAAAUCGGUCAGAAUGUCAAAUGCCGCGCACAGUUUCGCUUUAGCGGGACAGUUUUUUGUUUAAAUAUCCUUAAUUAUCAAAAACAUAUCGGUUUGUCUUCGUGUGAAAGUUUAGGUAAGGCACCAACAAUUUUUUUAUCAAAUCUGUCGGAAUGUGGAACGACACGUAGAGUUAUAUUUGCGAGUUUUUCGCCUGAGCAGAGGAUACAACUGACAGCAUCCAUUUCACCUUUAGAGCAAGUUUUCUUAUGAUUCCAACGAAUGGACAAGCCAAGCUCCUUAUGGAAAAACAGACUUAAGAGGUGAACUCAAACUCCCCGGAUAUUGGCUCCGUAAUUCCAUCAAGAUAUGUGUGACCAUCACUGGGAACCUGUAUGCCCCAAACUACACCGCUAUUUUGUUGAAUUACACUGCACAGUCUCUUUACUGCGCCCUUCACAGAGGAAUUAAUGUGACAUGGCCAGUGGAUUUGUCCAACAUCACGACUCAACCCAAUAUCAACAAACGCUGCUUGGUGAAAGGCCUCAACAUGCUUGGACCACACCCAUGGCAGAUUAAGUCACGCGUUGGAUUGGUAUCCCAGUCCUCCUCGGAGUGCUCCUUACCAUAUCUGGUGCGUGGUCUUGGUAUCAGCUAUAAAGACAGAAAGCCAAUAACAUGCGGUGAUAUCAUUAUUAAAAAUCAAAUGACCUUUGAAACAUAUCCAGGUUUCUGCAGAAUAUACAUACAGUAACAAUAAACAUUCUAAACCUGGUCUCGGCUUUUGUGGAGUAAUUAAAAUGUUCGUUUAUAUCAAGUAUCCUUGAUCGUUUUCAUAUCGCACACUUUCAAACAGCGCAUUCUAUUUUAAUACUGAGCCAACUGCACAUUUAACAUCCCGGCCUACCAUUAAAAAGACAAAAAAAAAUCAUGGACCUUCUUAAAGUUUUCGGAUGUAUUUGAGUGUAUUUUGAAAAAUCUUCUUAUUUCAUUGCUGUCAACAUAAUAAAGCUUGCUACGUAUCUGACAGAUGUUCAGCCUAUUGCAAGGACCUGCGAGCAAACUAGAGCACCCUGUGUAGUGGGAGAAAGAGAGAGAACGUUGGUCUGUAUGAAUACGCUCAACUGUCGAAUGAUGGAAAAAAUUAAAUGCAUUUGCUGGUUGCAUUUAUUGCUCUAUUCCAAAAAGUCAAAUAAAAAUUAAUUUUUUAUUGACACAACAGCUGCUUCGACAUUUCAUUACUCUAAAAUCUAUUGGCGGAGUUUUCAUUAAAGGCACUGACAUCGUAAAACUAAUUUCAAAUAUAAGGAAGAUGUAUUUGAAGUAGCCUGUUGAUGACCAAACAUGGUUCACGGCAAAGUGAUUUACCUUGUAGAAAUCCCUGUUAUUUUCUUUGUAAGCCUGGACUAUGUUGAGACACAUGUUCCGAUCUUCAUAUUCCCAAAUUUUACAGGUUUGAGAUGGUUCACAAAUAGAGGAAGCUGCCUUUAUCACUGCGGGUGUUUAUGAUGAUUUCAGUCGUGCUUUAUUGUGUAUCUCCUCUGUCGAAUGUAAAUAUGGUUUGUUUGAAAAAGAUUUAAAAAGGUGCUUUUUAGUUAAUGUGAAACCAGACCUAUCUCAAAGACGCUCGGAUGAACUCGAGAGCGAAAAAGUGCUUUUAAAAAAGGUGAACAAUGAUGUUUCUCAAUGCAAUUCAAUUCUGAUAGAUAUUUUCCAACAAACUGCAACUUAAGGCGAAAGAAUCUCUGCUUUAACUCUUGUGCUUGGAGAGUAGACAAAAAUUAACUCAAGUCUCUUUAGAUGAAAAUAUUAUUUGAAUUUAUUUCCGCAAGUUCAUUUCUUCUGUUCCAGUUUUCAAAUCAUCCGACAAAUGGCACUUCUUGAGCGCCCAAAUGCAGGCUGCAAAGACAUUCAUUAGUAACACCUACGUUUUACAAUGAGUAUGAGACUUUCUUUUUCACACAAUCUACAUAAGGUAAUAUAGAAGAUUAAAAUUCGAGUCCUUAAAACAAUAAAUUCAUCAUAUUAACUUCGUGCGGUGCCUAUAUUUAAGGUAUAACUAUAGUACCAUGAAAAUAUAUUACUCAUGCUACCAUAUAUCAGCCCAAUAUCUUAUUCACGCACACAGCCAAAGCCCAGACACUCAGACAAACAGACAGAUGGACGCCCUGAAAACCAGACAGACGAAAAAACAAACAAACAGCCUGACAAAAGAAAUGACCGUCUGGCCGGCCCGAUGAAUGACUGAGCUGAUUUCUUGCACUGCUUUUUUGAUUGCUAACUUCGACGAUUAAUGCUGAUAUUCAGAACCAAUCUACCUUUAUUUUGUCUCUUUAGCUUCUCGCUUGAGCAUACGUUUUGAAAAAAGAAAGGCUGACUCACGGCUUACAUGUAUUAUGCAAACCAGCAGAAAGUCGCAAAAGUUCAGUGGUAUCGUGCCAUGAAUAAAACCAUCUGCUAAGCAACGCCAUUCAAAUGCCCCCGCUCAGGAAAUAUAUGCUGUCUUCCCAUUUUGUCUGGGCUGCGUCCAUUUUGUACCGGAGCCCACAAAGAAUGCAAACGCGUGGACCCUUCUAAUAGGGAGAUCCUGUGGGGGGGGGGGGGGGGGUGAAAGAAUAGAGGGGUGAGGUCAUUUCGCCUCUUCUUCAUUCGAGAAUGGUUCUAUAACAGAAACAAGUUUCCAAAGGGAAGCCAGACCUAAUCAAAAUUCGUUAUUUGCAAUCGUUACUUUAAGUCUCCUUUCAUUAGCAAUCCUGUUUACUCUAAGUGUGAUCAAAUGAGUGCGUAAACAUAUGGCCUCUAAACUCCUUGAAGCAUACUAUUCUUGACGAUACACAUGACAAAAAUAUCAAUGGAAAAUAAAAUGGCCAUUGUAUUUACAUUUACCGGCUUAAACACAAGGGAAAGUUGAGAUGAGAAAAGGGCUCAAAAUUUUUUAUAAUUAUCUUUAACCUUUUCCAUUGCUUGCAUCAGGCCCUACGUAAACAAGUAUAGAGCGUUGCCAAUAUCUUCGUAAAUUAAAGUCAACAAUACGCAAUGAUACGUCGAGUUACUGUUUGCAUAGCCAGUAUAAUGAAUAUUUCGGCAUAUUUUUUUUCCAGCAUCACUCCGAGCUCAUUUUGAAAGUCCCGUUUACAACUGAGAAUGUCAUUUUUGAUCCGAAUUCAAGUCAUCUUUUUGAUGGCAGCUCCGUGCGUCCAAAUACGCUUGUUUCGGUCAUCCUACUUCAAAAUUUCACCUCAAACAAAUACGCUUACGGAGCAAGACAUUUCUGCUGUCGAGCACGCUCAUGAUGAAUAUGGUUGCGCUUCACUGUGCGGCUCUACUAUAAGAUGUCGUUACGCAGUGUUUGAUGGCAUUUCUAAAAAGUGUUCUUUAGUAAGAACAAAGGCCAAACCAAACAGCCAACACGAGCAAGAGCCUGAGACCGCAUCAGUAAUUCUGGAAAAGGUAGAGUGACCAUUUCCUACCAUGUGAUCACCUUUAAAAGAUAAAUCUUUCUCUGGAGAUGUCAGAGUCAAUUGCUGCAAAAGUUUUUAAGGCUUAAUCUACCAACAUCACCGACACCAUUUCACAAACGUGAAUCCUUGAAAAAUAAGUUCGCUCUGAAGACUUUUCACUUUCAUAAUUUAAUUUAUUUUCUAAUAUGUAUAUAAAAAUACACAGAUAUUCCUUUGACCCGCAAAUAGCAUCAAUAGGUCAAUGUUCUUCUUAACCGAAUUAAAUUUAGCUUAAUUAAAUUGCACUGGAAAUAAUAGAGAAAUGAAGAAAUAACACAUAAAAAACAUUAAAAAAUACACAAGAAAAGAAAAAAAAAGAAAUGAAAGACGGUCAUUGCAACGGAGAAAAAGCCCUUGAGUUUCUAAGUAUGCACAAAUGUUGUAGAACUGGUUCAUUUUGUUUCAAUUCUGCCGCAUGUGUUUGAAAUUUAGCAUCAUCUCAUCAGGCUCCAUACGAGAAUCUUCAGUGUCUAGAGUGCUGAAGAAGCUCUUUUUGUUUCUUUUUUUGAAGGAUAUCUUCAACAAAUUUUAAUAUUAAUCAGGUAUCUCAAUAUAGAUUUUGACACCUUCACUCGAAAAGGCCUUAAGCACUAAAAUUUAAAGAGCUGUGACGUUGAUGAGCGAGUAGUAUAGAUAUGAAUGAUUGACGUUCCCGUAAAGAAGAAGGCCUAACGCCUCGAAACGCCAGCUUGAGAAACAUUUUAAAGUGGCAAAAUUACAUUAACGACUCAGUUGACAAAACCAAUUUAUCAUGCAGAAUAUAGAGUGUCUGUUCUAGUUAAAUCUAUGAUAGCUUAGCUACCAACUGCAAGAGUCUCCGCUCAUACUGAACGACUGAGUUGCAAUCGAAAACAAAAACCGAAACAGAAAACGUACUUAUUCUCAAAGGACGGACGUCCAGUUUCUGAGAUACAUUCGUCAUUUUUCGGAAGUUUCUCACAUAAAUAUUAUGUUUGCAUGACCAUUUAUACGAGAUCGCAUUUUCUGUUUUCAGGUUAGCAGUCCACACUGUACUUCACCGAGCAAGUGCAAUUUCCAAGGUAAACUAUCAGCAAUAAAGGAACAGUUUCCACAGAUUUCGAAAAACUAGCUUAUUAAACUAGAAAGCGUGCAACUUUUAGUUCUAAAUUUAACGUAACUUAUAACUUACUAGCUGUACACUUGAAGGAGGCUCACCGUCGAAGGUAUUCUGGUCAAUCGUCUAUUUUUUAACUUUCUGGUAUUUUUAACGAAUAAAAACGAAGAAUAACAGAAAACUAAGAUAAUACUGCUACUAGCAGCUAUGGUAACACAUAAUUGAAUUGUUUGCAACCCGCCAAGGGACAUAAACAAGUCCAUAUAAUUAACUUGUUAUCACUCUGAGAAACCCUCUUUUGCCUUUUUUUUUUUAAUUCUAUCAAACCAGCGUCUUGUGGCGACAUUCAACUCAAGAACAGGUAGGUGACUGAUUACUGUGCGAGAUAUAUAGAUUACUUCAUGUUGAAUCGUCCACCAUGGAGUACGGCUCCACUGAAGGGACCAGCUGCAGGAACCAUCGAGGUUUUUAUGGACGAAGCCUCCGCUUCGAUCGUCAAAGUGGUGAUUGAGCAGUGCGUGAAGCAUUGUUGUUUGCGUCGCUCGCGGUAUUGCAUGUUGAAGGCUUUGAGCUCAGUAUCAAUGACAUACUCUUCUGUUGCUCUUUAGAAACAGAGCUGUAGUUGUUUACACUUUGCAUAUUACGCUGACCUGAAAGCUGCGUGAUGUGAGUGGGGGGAACUUUGCGGUCGUUAAGUUUUUGUAUCAUCGUUUUUUUGCGCUGUGGUUCGUGAGUCGUCGCUUCUCGUCGAGUCCAGCUUUGUUUACCAUAGUUUUCAUUAACGAGUUAAAUUUGUUUACCCCAUUGCACUUGCCUUAAAACAACAUCUACCAGAAUUCUUUGAAUAGUUGAUACUAAGAUAGAAAGGGGCCUCGGUGGUCGGCCUUGAGUUUGGUUUUAUCUCGCGAUAAAUUUUGUAAACAGACACGGGGUUUCUCUCAUCUGGCCCGUCUUGAGUAGCGAAAGCUUUAGGCUUGACUGAUCUGAUAUCUCGAAUUUCCGCUUCAGUUCGUAUUUUGGUCUGUCGUUUGGAAUAUUCAAAACAUUCAGUUCCGUCCGCAUCUCUGUUAAGUUGAACAUCUCCACAAGUCAUUUAUCGAUGCUCGUCGCAGCCUCUCAACCCGAAAUGAAUGGAGUUCAUAAACCACAACGUGUUCAACAAAGCCUCAGCACUCGUGAUUCCAAGCAGGUUUUUCAUGUAUAGAAUGCUGACCCCCUCGUCUGUUAUGGCCUCUGCUGCGUUUGGCUUGUUGCCCUUCCCUUCCAGAACUCUAAACCCCUUUUCAAAAUGUUUACACAACCAACGACGAAGCUAAGUUUCACGUAAACUGACGGGGCAGAGAGGAGAAGGCGCGAAAAGCCAGUACUUCUGAAAGGUUCUUCGUGAUUGGACGAAACGUUUUCUCUACACGUGAAAUUGUCUUUUCUCUGAUUUGAUUGGCUGUAAACAGCUGUGAACUGGGUUUUGAGACAACAGAUUUCGAAGUGAAAAUCUCAGUAUGUAUAAAAUAAACAAUAUUUUACAUACAUUUCCGGUUAGGUCGGGUCUUAAUUCCUCUCCAAAAGUCCACAUUAGUUUGUAACAAACCCGCAGCCUUCAGGUAUUUAGCGGACAUGGAGGCUUGCGGAAUUUCUAAGCCGCUCAACGCAACAUAAGGGCGGUGAAAAUUGACAGUUAGAUUUUCUGUUCUGGUGGGGCACAGACUGGCAACCCUCAACCGUUUACCUUAUAGAGCCAAAAGGUUAAAAAAUGUAGUGUAUAACAAGUUGACUUUCAUGAUAUGCAAGUCCUGUAACCAGGAACCACUGGAAAAUUUUCUUACAUAAAUUACAUCGCCCAAUGAACUCCUCAAUGAUAUAUAUCAUUGAAUCGCACUAGCGUCAUGAUUAACAUUAGGUUUUUCCGAAAAAAGCAGUUUGUUUAGUUAAAUACUUUGCAAGCACAUGUGAUGCUGAAGAUGAACAAUAAGUUGUCUUAUAACUCCAUAUGGAAAAACAAGAAAUGCAAUCAAAACUGUGCUCAUCAACGAAUCACUAAUUGAGUCAUGUCUCUUAACUCAGAAAUCCAGGGUGCCCAACUCUUAAAGGCUUUAAUAAAAUGAAAGUUACUCAAGUCCCCCAAACGCGUAAGUUAGUCGCCUGUCGCACCUAAGCUUCGUUAGAGCACAGCCCAGCAAUGUAAACUGUGCUUGUAUUUGAUAGGAGAGAUAUCCAGGCCCAACAGAUAAGACAAUUAACCUGAAGUAAGACCUGUUAUUAUUAUUUUCUUUAUAGUCAAGCCCCUAGCGGAUUCUACCACAUAACUGUUGGUAAUGACACGUGGAGAACAAGAUGUAGGAUGACCGGUAUAGAAGACUGCGGAGAAAGAGCCUGGACACUGGUGAUGAAAGUACAUAGGACUAAGGUACACUUUUCAAAAGAAACCGCAUGACCUGGCGAAACGAAAAAGUGAAUCAGCUUAAUAACUUUUCUAGGUUAUUACGUAAAACAAGCAAUGAAAAUUUUAUCUCCGUUUUACCUAUCAACUCUUUGUCAAAACAAUCAGCAUUUCCUUGUUCCUGAUAAAAGAAAAUGCGCAUUAAUAGGAUGCAUUUUAUUGCAACCAAGAAAUUAUCAACUUUUGAUCCUCUCUUGAUUGCAACACAUAAGAAAUUACUCGACGGUGCGAAAUAUUUAUUUUGAGCAAAUGUAGUUGAACCACAUUUGUUCAAAUGGCAUGAACAAUGCUUUACGAACGUGCUAAAAAGAUAGAGCGAAAAAUCAUCACAACAACGAAAUCGGCUUGGAGUCGACGUUUAAUGUUCUUAAGUUCCCAUGACAAGGGAGCAGCUCCCAGGAAAAAACAACUUUGUGCGAGAAAUGUUUGUCACCAAUUUCCUUUCUAGUUAUGAUAUGAAUAUAUACUCGUGUGAAUUUCAUCAGCGGCCCGCACUUAACUGAAACACUACUGUACAUAUGAGAAAUGGUUUUCACGAUAAUUAGUUCACAUUUUAGUCAAAAUCUUAAGGACACGUCGAGGAUCAAGUUGACUCGACUAAAGAUUUUUUUCCUUCACUCUCAGAACACGUUUACUUACGAUUCUCCUCAGUGGGACAGAAAAACUCCCUACCAAGUGAUUGGAGAUAGAAAAGAGUACAAACUUCCUGGAUAUUGGCUCAAUCCUUUCAGAAAACUCUGCGUUUCCAUGAAGUUUCAAACAGGAGCCAAGAUAAAUAUGCUCAUGAAAGUCAACAUCAGUGCAAAUUCGCUUUACUCGCUAUUGCACGGGGGUGUUAGCAAAACUUUGACAGGAAGUCCUUUUGUCAUCAAACCUUGGACCCCACAAAACAUCAACACAAGUUGUUUGGUCCGCGGCUUCAACAUCCGGGACACUCAACAGGGGAUUAUGAAAUCACGGGUUGGAGUGCAGUCCCAAACCACGAAUUGUAACUCGCCUUAUAUAGUGCGAGGCGUUGGUAUUGGUCUGCAGGGGUAUUCUGAUGUGAGUUGUGGUGAAAUACAUGUGAAUAAGGACCUUAGCAAAAAAGUAUUCCCAGCUACCUGCGCAGUCUAUGUUCAAUAA